AUGUACAUUCUUGCCUGUUUCUCUGUCUCUAGGCCAAGCUAUCUAUGCAAAUACGUUUUUGUGCCUGCCUCUCUAACCCUCUCUUCUCUCUGUGCCUCUAUUGUAUAUAUCUCUCUCUCUCUGCCUGUCACUGUCUCUUAUUGUUUCCUUUCCUCUCUGUCUCUAUAUUCUUGUCCCAAACUCGGUUUUUGCACUGUCUCUCUCCACACGUCACUUCUUCUCAUUGUUUCUAUUUACCUGUGUCUGUCUUCCUGCGUGUGUUUCUCUCUAUAUCCAUAUUCACACUCGUUAUCUAUCUAUCUAUCUAUCUAUCUAUCUAUCUAUCUAUCUAUCUAUCUAUCUAUCUAUCUCAGAUCUCUCUCUCUCUCUCUCUCUAUCUAUCUAUCUAUCUAUCUAUCUAUCUAUCUAUCUAUCUAUCUAUCUAUAUCAGAUCUCUCUCUCUCUAUCUAUCUAUCUAUCUAUCUAUCUAUCUAUCUCAGAUCUCUCUCUCUCUCUCUCUCUCUCUCUCUAUCUAUCUAUCUAUCUAUCUAUCUAUAUCAGAUCUCUCUCUCUCUAUCUAUCUAUCUAUCUAUCUAUCUAUCUAUCUCAGAUCUCUCUCUCUCUCUCUCUCUCUCUCUAUCUAUCUAUCUAUCUAUCUAUCUAUAUCAGAUCUCUCUCUCUCUCACUAUCUAUCUAUCUAUCUAUCUAUAUCAGAUCUCUCUCUCUCUCUCUAUCUAUCUAUCUAUCUAUCAGAUCUCUCUCUCUCUCUCUAUCUAUCUAUCUAUCUAUAUCAGAUCUCUCUCUCUCUUUCUCUCUAUCUAUCUAUCUAUCUAUCUAUAUCAGAUCUCUCUCUCUCUCUCUCUAUCUAUCUAUCUAUCUAUCUAUCUCAGAUCUCUCUCUUUCUCUAUCUAUCUAUCUAUCUAUCUACCUCAUAUCUCUCUCUCUCUAUCUAUCUAUCUAUCUAUCUAUCUCAGAUUUCUCUCUCUCUCUCUCUCUUUCUCUAUCUAUCUAUCGAUGUCAUUAAUUUCACAUUUAUCUAUCUAUCUCAGUAAUCUCAGAUCUAUCUAUUCAUUCAUGUAUGUUUCUAUAUAUAUGAUUUUCGGUCACACACACACACAUUCACUUUCUCUUUUUCCCUCUUCAUUCUCUCACCCACUCUCUUUCUCUCUCUCUCUCUCUCUCUCUCUCUCUCUCUGCACACAAUAUAUAUCUGUCACUGUUUUCCUUACUGUUGAUCUAUCUGUAUGGCUGUCUGUCUCUCUCUCUUUAGCACUAUUUUUCACACUUCGCUCUGUCACUUUCUCUCACACUUCGUUCUUGCUCGUUUGUGUAUCUAUCUCUGUCUGUAAAUCUUCGUCUCUCUCUCUCUCUCUCUCUCUCUCUCUCUAUCUAUCUAUCUAUCUAUCUAUCUAUCUAUCUUUCCCUUCGCUUUAUGCAUGUACGUGCAUUUAA